AUGGCUGUAGGUACGGAACGACGUGCGAAGAAGACGGCAUCUAGACUAGAACACACGUUGGUGUUACAGCCCGUUCGCAACGCCAUGACCUUCAAUCCUCCAAGCCAUAGCGUAGGGGUCGGUGCUCCCGUCGCAGACACUAUCACUACUCCAAGCCCCACCGAUCGCCUUGAAUUCAAUUCCACCAUGGCUGGUCAAGAGUCCACUAUGCAGCCUCAGCAGCAGUCGAGUAAGAAGAGACGUUCUUCCAAGAGCAAAGUCCCCGGGGAACUUCGACGAUCCACAUCAACACCACAUAUGCGCAGCUUAAACCUCGGGGCCUCUGGCGAGCUGUCGCCCACGAGUAAUAAGGCCCGUAAUAAGUUGGGAUAUCACCGAACCUCAGUGGCAUGUGGACACUGCCGACGAAGGAAGAUACGAUGUCUUCUAGCUCCCGAUGAUCCGCAAAGUCGCUGUGCCAAUUGCAUUCGGUUAAAGAAGGAAUGCAACUUUUUCCCUGUUGAGCAUACCGAGCCUCAGGGCUCGCAGGCUGUCGCAUCGAAAGACACCAGCCCUGGACAUCCAGUGACGCCAGGUACAGCUUCACCGCGACGCCUCCCAUCGUCUUCAGGUGACAACACGGGCGAAUUCCGCACGCCAUUUGCUGGCACCUCAUCUGCGACGCAACCCCCCACUUAUGGGUUCCAAGGAGUGCCAGAAAUCGACCCUCACCAAGUCCCCCCCUCGAGCAGAAUGCCUGCACAACAGCCUUCGUAUCCCUACCCUCACUCCAUAGAAACGCAAUGGCCACCGACAAACAAUUUCCUACCCUCAUCUUCGGUCACCGAGAGUCCCGUGUCAAACCCCGGCUACUGGCGACACUCCCCUCCAACAGCAAACUCUGCAUACGGCAGUGAAUCCAACGUGUCAGGGGGGCACACGCCGGCCGCAAUGAGCACGAGUUCAACAAUGUCAUACGGCCACCAAGACGGUCACUGGGGCCAACAACCGCCUUUUCAGCCGCCUACGCGAUCCAUGUCCUACGGGAACAUCGAGGGCGCAUCACAGCAGUAUCCGGGUCACGGACUUGGCAUUCAACAUGAGUUUCCUCGACGAACGUCUCCGUACCCGUACCCUGCGAGCAUAGACACGAAUCCGGCAACAGUACACGCCACCACGUUAGGAGCGUCGACCGCUGCUCCUCUUUCAGCGCCAAUCGUACCGAAUCAGCCGUACUAUCCGCCCUCAUGGAACUCUUAUGAGCCAGUACCGGGCGGGCCGCCCAUGUCUAUGCCAGGGCGAUCAAUGAGCGCGCAAUGGUACCCAGAACCUGGACACCUGGAUCGGGUUCAAGAGGAGGGAGCACCACCCAUGGCGUAUAAUCACAAUGGCAUGCAACAGUUCUAUUCAGGGGUUUAA